GCGUCCGCUGCCGCGCAUCUUCCCGCCGGGCCGCGCAUGGCCAGCGCCGCGCCGGCCGGCUUCCCCGCGCGCGCCAACGGGCGCCUGGACGCCUUCCUGCGGAGGCACCUGCCGCCCGCCGUCUACGACGCCAUCCGCGCCUACGAGCCGUGCGUCGUGGUGUCCGACUCGGGGAAGCACGCCUUCAGGUACGUGGUGCUCAGCGACCGGCUCAUCUACGUGACCGAGAACCCGCCCAAGUCCGUCCGGCGGGUCGUGGCGCUGCGGGACGUCGUGGCCAUCGACCUGAUUGAUGAUGACCCAGAAUUUUUGAGUUCACCAGGUAGAGAAACCAACCAACACAUUCGUAUUAUCUACUCUUCAAGUGUUUUGAAAAAAGAGUGUGAGAAAUCAAAAGGUGUCAGGAAAUUCUUAUUUCCAUUUCAUCAUGCCAAUCCUAACAACAAAAAAGUCAAAGAAGAGAGUAAUGGCCCUGUGUUUUGGAGAGGCAAAGAGCCUGGGAGUCUGAAUGAAUCCUCUCUCAGAUGCCACCAAGAGAGCAGCACGUCGUCCAAGGACUCAACCCUCUGUCCUCCUUCAGACCUCAAGAAGCUGUCCCGUCAUGGCCAACGUGCCUUUCGACCCUUACCUACCCCCUCCAGGAGGAGCUUUCAGUCCACAUCAGCCACUGGCAAGGCUGUCAGCGUGCCAUCUUGCACAGCAAACACAAAAGAACCCCAGGGAUUUCCAGAUCACAGAGACUCUCAAAGUGAAAUCCCUUUUGAGUGCAGUGGGAACGGAAAUGAGUUUUACUUAGGAAAUUCCUCCCCGGCCUCCCCUUUACAGAGCAACCCAAACCUAGAGAAGAAGGAGUCAGAACUUCACUUGUACAUUAUUUCCACAACCUCAUCCAUAUUUCUGCACCUAAAAAGUUCAUGGAACAAUUAUAUUAUAAAAGCCACUCUUUUACAAGAUCCCCUCUAUGUUAGUGAGCUCGGUCCUGCAGUGGGAAGUCAAAAGCCCUACAGAUCCGAGGAGAAAAUUAAGCACUUCAGUCAAUUUAAAUCUGAACUUUUUCUUAAAGACAACACUUUGAGGAAGAUACUUUGUUUAAUUACGGAAUUUAAAGCAGCAGCCCAGAAAAACUUCAUUCUGAAAAGGCUCUUCUGGAAAACCAGUGACCUUUUCUAUUUCCUAGUGAACAAACUUCGUGAGUACUUGCCAGAGUCUAGGGAUAAGAACGCACUUCAGAAUAAAAGCCGAAGGGCCGAUGAACUGGUGGCAUGCAUUGAAAUUAUGCAGACCCUGGGACUGAUGUUCAGAGAAACAGAAACCGAGUCAUCACGCCUGAACACAUUGGCAGCUAAGAAGGGAACACUAUUUAAUCUCUUGGUAAUUUUAAUUAGCGAGCCUCAGAUUCCAAAAUCUUGUCCUGUGUUUGACGUCCAGUUGGUGGCUGACUCAACUUUAGUUGAGAAGUCUUUUGAUGCUGAGUUACAGAAGCUUAUCCUGGAAUAUACGGAUACAGCUACAGCACUUUUAUAUGAGAUACUUCUUGUCUUUCAGCAGGGAAGUCUUGGAUUGGGAUCAACGAGGUUUGCUAUGAGCUGGAUGAUGUCCUUUCUGCAAAGUCUUCCUCCCAUAAUGACUUUUGUGGCCACUAUUGUGAAACAAGUGGUGAAGGGGCUUUUAGCUUCGCUUCAGCUGCUAAGUCCCAGCCAAGCAGUUCUGUUGUACCAGCAGUUCUACAUCCUCAGAAGCUGCCUGCAGUACAGCAAGACUUUAGCUGAGUAUAUUAGGAAUGACUACAGAGAAGAAUUCAGGUACUUUAUUCACAUGCCAGCCUUGGAAAAGAGGCUCCCAUUGUGUUACCCUAUUACCCAACCUACCACUCAACUUUUUCAUGAAGUUCGGAAAUUGGUUGAACAGAAACAAUAUGUGAAAUGUUAAUAAGAGUAUAAAAUGUUAAUCAGGAAUCAACUUAUUAUUUAUGAGAAGCAUUUUUGGAUUUAUUUAAUGUCUGGCUAUCCCUGUGUCCUGUAAACAAAGAUUUAAUUUGAAUGUUCCAUCAAUACUUAAGAGGAGUCUUUAAAGUUUUUUAUUUGCCAUAAAACUGUUUAAAUACAUUGACACACAUAAAGUGGUGCUAAAACUAGUGUUUCUCUGAAAAAAAAAGUUUCUAAAGACAUAAAAGACUAUAUAAAGGGAACAGAAACCCAUGGAGAACAAUAAAUUAGAGAGUGAUCAUUAGAGAAAUGCUGAGCAACAGGAUGACAUCCUCUUCUCUACCUAUAAAAAUUCUAGUGACGUAAGAAUUCAUGGGAGAAUGAGCAGAAGAACACGGGCAUAGCUAUAAGGAAGGUCAGUUCCUCGUUUAUCAUGUGGAAAGAAUCUUGGACUUUCUUCAACAAAAUUAAAUGCAUUCUGCCACUCUGUUUCAGGCACCUGUGGCUAACGUGAGCAGUCUCAUAGAGUCUCUGUGAAAGAGAAAUUGUCUGUAAGCAGCUGUGGCUCUCCCAACUAUUUAACAAAAUGAUUUCACUAUAUCUUAGGGCAAUAAACUAAUUUAAUCCAACAAAACGUUAACCUUGGUAUUACUGUGAGCUAUCGAAUCUGGGCUUCUAAGAACCUAGGAGCUGGGCCCUCCAUUCAACUUAUCAUGACUUGAGGGAGGAUCAGAGAAAAAUCCACCUCCAAAGAAAGAGCUCCCAAGCCAGAUCUGCCUGUGCUGUGCAGUGGAGAGAGAAUUAAACUCACUCAGGACAUCUCAUUUCUGGUUCUGGCUGACCCAUUAACCAGCUACUUGACCCCCGAACAAGUUGAGUCUCCUUUCUGGGCCUCCUCUGCUAUGUGGAAGUGUGGGACUAGAUGUUCUCCAAGUUCUCGUCCAGCUCUAACAUUCUCUGCCUGUGACAAGAUACUUCUUAACAUUGUGUAACAGGUACUGCAUUCCUCUGCUGUCCUGCUCAGUGGAUGAUUUCACAUUAAUUCCAAAGAAUCCUGCUUUCUUUGGACAAAACACUUCCCCAACAUCACCCCACAAAGUGUCCAGGCCUUCUCCGCUAUCACCCAUCAAGGACUACAAGGCUCCUGCCCUCCAAUCUGGGGGCAAGGAAGGGGGCAAAGUGGUGUUUAUGAGUGUCCUGGGCUGUUAGAUGAGGGGCUAUUCCCAAGAGAUGGUCAAUUAGAAGAAUAUGAAAAGAUUCUUGGACAAAGGCAAGCAACACUUCAAGCUGGACAAAUGAUGGACAGUGGGCUGACCACUGGUGAAUGGUGGAACCCACAGAAUGACGACGAGACGAUCGACUCUGCUGUGCGUCAGCUUCUAGGCAGUGCCCUGGCUCUGGGCUAGUCGCCGAGCAGGCCCUGGAGAGGGCUUGGGGUUUCUCUCCCACGUGCCUUUUUGUCCACGUUGCCUCUUCUCUCCACUGUUCUCGUCACUCUGAGAGCAGACUUUAUCUAAUCUCUGGGAGCAAAAGCUCUGUCAGAAUGUACCUGAAUCUUUCCAUUUAGGGCUAAAUCAGUAGCUUUUUUGAAAGCUAAUGGUUAAAUGUUUGUUAUCUUGAUUUUCUUAUGAUGCUUGUCUAUUCAUUUGCACAAUGUGGGUGGAGGCAGAAAUUAAUACUUUGAAGGGUUAUCCUGCCACAA